AUGGCUAAAUCUGGAAAAGAGAAUGGAGAAGAGGAAGUAUCAACAGAGUUAGAUGCGCCAAACCUUUGCUUAUUCCACAUAACAGGUUCUAACCCUGGUCGGUUUACAAUCCUUAAGCAACCAGCGGUUCUCCAAGCCUACGCCUCCAUAAGCUUCUGCAAAGAGCUUACCAUUUCACCGAGAUGUUUGCCUCUUCUUGUCCCUCAUCUUGGAGAUAAGCAAGUCAGCUCAGACUCAGAAAAGUUUUCCAUCAAUCUGGUGGAUAAAAGAGCCUUUGCAAUAGCUAGUACUUAA